AAUUUUAGAAUGUUUUUCACGUGACCCUUGAAGAUGGUUAUCUUGCAUGAAAGAUCAAAAUGUGUGGUUUUAAAGUAGGAUUGUUGGCAAUUGUUUUGUUAUGGUUAUAAACUUGGACAAGUAGUAAUCUUAAGAAAACAGCAAAACCUGGCCAGCUUCUCAUGUGUAGUCCAACCUUCAUGUCUUGGACUGGUAUAUAUAAAUAUAAUAGCAACAUGGCCAGCAAAGGGGCAGUAGCUUUUUAACACAACCAAAUGGAGGGUACCGAGCAUGUCGGCUUGUUAACAAUGUCGGAUAACAAAAUCAUGGAGUUGAUUUAUACAACCCAUGUUGUUCAUGGUGUUGAAAAAUUUGAUGUUGAUUCUCUCCUCCUCCAUGUCCAAAACAUCCUUUAUGGUGCAACCCAGAUUGUUGAUAAUGCUAUCCAGGGUUGGGAUGCAAAUCUGGAAUACAUAGAUGAGAAGGAGCUUAAAUCCAGCUUCAGUUCACCAUUUUGCACACUAAAGCAAAUUACUUGCGAGCUUUCUUGCAAGGCAGUACCAGGUGAAGAAAUUGCCCACAAAACAACUCUUUCAAUGUUCAACAAGCUUUCAAGCUACUCCUGGGAUGCAAAGGCAUUGCUGGUGCUGGCUGCUUUUGCUUUGGAGUACGGAGAAUUCUGGCUGCUUUCUGAGAUUAGCCAAUCUGACCAACUUGCCAAAUCAUUGGCGAUUCUGAAGCAAGUCUCAGUUCUCAAAAACCCCUCAGCUCUGCUGAAACAUGGAAAAGAUCUGUUUGAAAUUAACAGUCUUAUUAAGGUGGCUUUACAAGUUAUUGAGUGUAUCUUUGAGUUGGAGAAACUCUCUGAUUUGAGUCCAAAGGAAGUUCCUGCCCUCUCAUUAGCAAAACAUCGUAUCCCAGUUGGUGUUUAUUGGGUUAUCAUAGCUGUGAUUGCUUGUGCAACUAAGAUCAAUCUCCUCACUAGCAAUAAUGAGGGUCAUGAACAGGAUCUUUCAAUCUAUGCUUAUAGACUCCAUUACGUCCUCAACGAUCUUAACAGGCAGCUAGUAAUUUGCAAAAAACAACUGGGUUACCAGCUUUCAUUUCCCUUUAGAGGCUGAGGCUUGUAGGGGGCUCAAAAAAUAUCCUUUCCAGGCCUUAAUUAUGGAUGUGUUUAAGGGACUGAUUUUCGCUGAGGAUGUAAAACACUGCAGUUUAAAAUUGAACUUUUUUACUGCAAAAUUGUAAUUCUUAUAUGUAGGUGCUGGAAAAAUUAUCUUAUGUAGUAUUAAUGUGACUUAAGUUGCUGAUAAGUAUGAAAUAAGGAAAUAUUAUAUUUCUUUAGUGUA